AUGAUCCUCAUCCCUGACCCAGUCAUUCAUUACCUCUACGGUCUCCCUCCUCCAGCAUUGGGCAAACGCAAGGAGCAUAUGCAGGUUCUGGCUGUGGGGAUAUCUAGGUCUGGAACAGAAUCACUACGCCAGGCACUACACAUACUAGGAUUCGAGCAUACCCACCAUGGAUUUGACACCAUUCUUCCUCCUUCGUCUCUAGAGGGUAUUUAUCGCCUUCUGCAGAAGAAAUACAACACAGAAUCCACCAUUGGUCAGAAAUACAAACUGUCCGCUGAGGACUUUGACACUGUUUUGAGUGACUGCGUCGGCGUUAGCGAUCUUAUGGCUGCAGAGUUCGCGCCCGAACUCAUUGCGGCGUAUCCAAAUGCCAAAGUCAUUCUCAACACUCGUCGAGACCUUGACAGCUGGUUUUCUAGCAUGCAACAAACAAUGGGCUAUUUUGACAAAAACCCAAUCGACUGGGACUGGUUCAAAAGUUGGUUUAGUGCUGAGCUGUUCUGGGUUCGACAAACGAUGUGUCGUACGAUGAUGCCCCGCUUCUUUCGCGGUAGUUUCCAUUCAAACGGCAAAUGGGUCUACAAGCAACAUGUUGCUCUAGUGAAGGGAUUAGGCUUAUCUGAAGACAGGCUGCUUGAGUGGUCUGUGGAGGAUGGCUGGGAGCCACUCUGCAAAUUCUUGGGCAAAAGCAUUCCGCAGCAAGAUUUCCCUGAUGGCAAUCCGCCCAGAGCUUGGGCAGAACGAAUCUCCCAUACCAUGAAAGCCCAUAACGAAAGAGCUAUCCGAAAUAUGCUUAUCCUUGGGGCCUGCAUCAUUGGGAUCGUGGUAACGACUUUCGGUGCUAUCUCCAUGAGCGCAAAGAGCGAGUAG